GGAAAAAAGACACGCAGGUUUACAGACACACAAACUCCUGCUCUGACUUUCAAACUGGUUGCGUUGCAUACUGAAAUACUUCUAUUUUUAUAACUAAACAUUCUGAUUGUUACUACAAUUAUUGCUUCUAAAUCCAAUAAAAAGUCGAUCUUAUUUUGCUGCUUUUGUUAUUAGAGAAUAUUUGAUCAUGUUUACUACUAGUAAUUGUGAUACUAUGCCUUUGGUGGUUCAAGGAAGAAACCAAAUCAUUCAUUCUGAUUAUGCUGAAGUUGAUCCUUCUGGUCGUUACGCUCGGAUAGAUGAAGUUCUGGGAAAAGGAGCAGUGAAAACAGUAUAUAAAGCAAUUGAUGAAGUAUUAGGAAUAGAAGUAGCAUGGAACCAAGCAAGAAUCAAGGAUGUGCUACGCUCACCGGACCAAUUGCAGCGCCUUUACUCGGAAGUUCACCUUCUAAGCACUCUUAACCACGAUUCGAUCAUCCGGUUUUACACGUCUUGGAUCGAUACCAACCAAAGGACUUUCAACUUCAUCACUGAACUCUUCACUUCUGGCACCCUCAGACAGUAUAGGCAAAAAUAUAAGAGGGUAGACAUCCAUGCUUUGAAGAACUGGGCGCGCCAAAUCUUACAGGGUCUUGUUUAUCUGCACGAACACGAUCCUCCAGUUAUUCAUCGAGACCUUAAGUGUGAUAACAUCUUUGUUAAUGGCCAUGUUGGGCAAGUCAAGAUCGGAGAUCUAGGAUUAGCAGCACUUCUCAAUGGGUCUAAAUCUGCACACAGUAUUAUAGGUACGCCUGAAUUCAUGGCACCUGAAUUAUACGAGGAAGAUUACAAUGAGUUAGUCGAUGUCUAUUCAUUCGGUAUGUGCUUACUCGAGAUGUUUACUCGGGAAUAUCCUUACAGUGAGUGUGCAAAUCCUGCACAAAUUUACAAGAAAGUCACCUCGGGUAAAUUACCAGCUGCAUUAUAUCAUAUUCAGGAUAAGGAAGCACAAAGAUUCAUUAUCAAAUGUUUAGCCCCUGCUUCUGAGAGAUUGUCUGCUAAAGACUUGCUUCUAGACCCAUUUCUUUCAUCAGUUGAAGGUGACUUAUUGCACACCAAAACUAUGGGAAUGAACGGGCCGAUUCUAAACGACUUAAGUUUGGAACAAUUGAAGCUAGUAGAUAGUCUACCAAGGUCCAAUAUGACAAUUACUGGCACGCUGAAACCUAAAGAAAAUAUCAUAUUUUUGAAGGUGCAGUUUUCCGAUGGAAAUGGUAGUCCUGCACGGAACAUAUUCUUCCCAUUUGAUAAAAUGAAUGAUACUCCGAUAGAGGUGGCGAUGGAGAUGGUCGAGGAGUUAGAAAUCACUGAUUGGGACCCUCAAGAAAUAGCAGAAAUGAUCGAGGCUGAAAUUUCAAUUUUGGUGCCUCAUUGGAAGAAAUGGGUGUCAUCUAGUAAAUUAGAACCUUCCCAUUCGUAUGACUACCAUGAAGAUGACUUCGAUGGAACUCAUCAUUUGUAUCGUUCUUCUUCGUGCUCUUCUUCUGUCGCUUCAGCUUCAGGCGUGUUUCUUAGCAAUGACCGCCUUCAAGAUCAGGAUCUCUCGGAUGAAAUAAGUUCGUACAGCUCAGCUCAUUCUGACAAGGCCUCGAGCUUAAGUUUCAGUCCAGUUGAUGAUGUACAAGGUAUUACGGUUUGUAAAAGCAAAUGUUCAAAGGCGAGUCGCCAGUUGACUAGGAAUCGUUCGCUUAUAGAUGUGCAUAGCCAAAGACUACAUCGGUCGCUGUUGGAAGAGGUGCACAAGAAGAGAUUAUCUAAGACAGUUGGUUCAGUGGAGAAUAUUGGGUUUCAAAAUCCUUAUGAGAUCUCAAAUAGCAAAGGUAAAGGUCUGAGAUAUGGUGCUAAUAAUGCUCAGAUUGAUAGAGAUGAUAAGAGGCAAGGGAAAAGGGUAGCUGAUAAGAGUGCAUGUUCAAUUGGUAAAGGGUGAUAUGUAAAUGUGUUAAGAGAUGCCAAUGCUAUGUUUUAGUCUAUAAGAUGAUGGUGUCUUGGUUAUCAUAUCUAUUUGCAUUUCCCAUGACAUUUAUAUUCUAAUUGUCAAGGAACCAAUUCAACCAAAAAUUUAAGCUGAUGGUUGAGUACCAUGCUAUGUUAUAUACUCUAACAAUCCCCCUCACACGAGAGCCCAUUGGACUAGAAGUGUGGAUACGUAUAGGUGCUAAAUAUUCCACUUUAUAUGAGGGGUGGUUAAGAUUCAAACUUGUUACCUUUUGUCACGUUGGCUUCUGAUACCAGGUCAAAGAACCAAAUCAACCAAAAAUUUAAGCUGAUGGUUGAGGCUCCAAGAUAUGUUAUAUACUCUAACACUAAUAUAUGAUAUACCUCAUCUUAGGAGUCUAGGUACCAUAUAUAUAUGGUGUUAGAGCAAGUUGUUGAUAAAUAGGAUUUGAAACACAAAAAAUUAAAAGUAAUGAUGGAGGAGGACUUCAAGAUAACACAAAUUUGAGGGGUGGGGAAACCCUUUAAGCAAAUUUGCUUGAAGAUUUAAAACCACUCUAAACAAGGGGAAGUCAAUUGUAUUGAAGAUUGCUAGUGUUAGAAGAGAUUACACACAAGAAUAUCUCACUAAUUUCACUCACAAAUUCCCUAGGAUUUAUCGAGAGAAACUCACUUUAAAACCUAACUUUUGCGGGUCUUAAUCUCACUAUAAACCGUCUUCACUUUAUAGCUGAAACUAGGCUUCAAUAUGUAUACCCUAGCAAAUUGAGUUGAUUUAUUUCUUUUUUCACACGGAACAGGAGACAUUUACUCAUUCGAGCAUAAUACAUCGAGUGAGGUGGGAAAUCCAGCGGUAAGGUGCUGAAACGAGCAACCAACUUGCUCAUCCGAGCAAGAUAUGCUUGUACGACUAGUCGAGCACCAGGUCAACUCAUCCGAGUAGUUCAGAUAAUGCACCUAAAAUCUUUUGAUCUUGGUUGCACAUUCAAGUAAUGCCAUGC